GCCUUGGUAGGAUGUGAUGUUUCUUCGGAGUAUGAUACCACCUUAUUUUGUGAGACUAAAAAGUCUAUCUUCGGGCCUCCGCUGGGCCGGUUUUUCUUCCUCACAAGGGGAUUUGAGGCAACCCCUAAGGCUCAGUCUCUCCAGGAAACAGAACCCUGUCGAUCACCCUCGCACCGUGCAUCCUACUUUUGGACCUGUGGAUCCCGUAUCGAAUAUACGGCGACUUCAGUUUGCCUCAGGCGGUGCUCGGACGUCGCUUCAACAGAAAUAUUACUACUUUUAUCAGGACACUUGGGACUGGCUUGAUGCAUAUUGGACUUCACACAACAAAUUAUACGCGGAGGAGAAAGCCAAAUUUCUAGGGAUUAACGAUGAGAACGGCUCAGUUUCUGAAUUCAACCGUCGCUUUUUGAUCGAAAACCAACCCUUGCAACUGCGUUUCAACCUACAAUGGUAUCGACGGAUCGCAUAUAUAACUUAUCUCGGAAUCCUGGUUGAACUGCAGUGCAUAUUCACUCGGUUGUGGACAACGCUGACGGGGAAAAAGCAUCAUUGACCAUUGCCUUAGGACCGCGUGCUACACACCACCGAUGAUUUCAUUUGGCUGUUCAAUGCAGAGUACCGGCUUUCUUCGCAUGUUCGGUCCUACUUUGUACAUGUUGCUGUUGAUCUUUCCCACAAAUAUAUGGCUGAUGCUAA